AUGUCUUACUGGCAAAACAGUACACCCUUCAACGAGGGAGCUGGUGGCUAUUACCAGCAACCGCCCCCUCAGCCGCAAUACCAACAACAGCCUUACCAACAACCACCAUAUCAGGAGCCGUAUCAGCAACCACCAUAUCAGCAACCCCCAUACCAACAGCCGCCGUACCCCCAGAACCUCACACCCCAGCCCCAGUACUCAUAUCCAGCGCCUUCUCCUACACCUAGCUACAACACACAGCCCCCUCCAUCGCCGCGCCCUCCAUCCCAGCAACAGCAGCCAUACUAUGCUCAGGAGCCGCCGCGGGCACCCCCGUCACCUUACCCCGCCAACAACGGAAGCAACGGGAACAGUCACACCCCUCCACCACCACCGCAAAGCAGUCAAAGCUUCGGUCAUGGCGCCCCAUCUACCUACCGCUUCAAAUACUCGAACUGCUCUGGUCGACGGCGUGCUCUUCUCGUUGGUAUAAACUACUUUGGCCAAGGCAGGCCGCUAAAGGGUUGCAUUAACGAUGUAGCCCGCAUGUCUACAUUUUUGAAUCGGCGUUACGGCUAUCGACGCGAGGAUAUGGUGAUCCUUACAGACGAUCAGGCGAAUCCUAUGAGCCAUCCUACUAAAGCAAAUAUGAUCCGUGCCAUGCAUUGGUUGGUAUCGGGCGCAAAGCCAAAUGAUUCGCUGUUUUUCCAUUUUUCAGGUCAUGGUGGCCGUACUCGCGAUCUAGACGGGGACGAAGAUGAUGGGUUUGAUGAAGUCAUUUAUCCCGUCGACUACCAAACCGCCGGCCACAUAGUUGACGAUGAAAUGCAUGCUAUCAUGGUUCGUCCGCUACAACCUGGCGUCCGACUUACCGCCAUCUUCGACUCUUGCCACUCCGGCACUGCUCUAGACCUUCCAUUCCAGUACUCUACUCAGGGCGUACUAAAAGAACCAAACCUCGCUAAGGAAACAGCCUUGGACCUCUUAAGCGCCUUCAAAAGCUACGAGAGCGGCGACAUCCGUGGCGUUGCCAACACCACCAUCGGCUUAUUCAAGAAACUUACCAUUGGUGACUCUGCUCGUAAGAAAACGCUUAGAACCAAGACCUCGCCUGCAGAUGUAGUCAUGUUGUCUGGCUCCAAGGACACGCAGACAUCUGCGGACACCGUUGAAGGCGGCUCUGCGCAGGGUGCAAUGAGCUGGGCGUUCCAAGAGGCGUUGAACAAGAAUCCGAAGCAAAGCUAUAUUCAGCUUCUAAACAGCAUCCGAUCCGAGCUGAGUGGGAAAUAUUCACAGAAACCGCAGUUGAGCUGCAGUCACCCGCUAGAUACAAACUUACUUUUCGUGAUGUAA